UUUUUGCAUUUGGCUUGAGUUUUGGAUUUUUACUUUCGCUUCAAGCCCAUGCUCUCAUAUACGCGGGAUGUCCCAUAUGGCUUGCCUGGAUAGUUUCUUUCAUCUUUUGUUUACUUGAGGCCGUCUUAUUUACUCUUAUCUUUUAUCUUAUUGUCACUCCAAUAUGGCAAGAUGCUUUGUUUGAUGAUGUUUUAAGGUUAAAAGGUCUUGGUUAUAUAUUAGAAAGAGAAAGAAACAUAUCAGAAUCUACUCUUUGUUGUCGAGGUUUAUGUUCUGGUCUUACAAUAACUUGUUUUCAAAUAUAUGCUCUGAUAAUUUUACAAAUAUUGACACUUCUUUUAACAAUGCCACUACAUGCAUUACCAAUAAUCGGAACAAUUCUGUACUGUUAUAUUAAUGGUUGGAUAAUGACAUGGGGUCAUCAAUUACACUAUCAUUUAGAAAUAAAGGAGUUCAACGUAAAACAGUCAAUUCGCUUCGCUUUAAGAAAGCAUGAUGAUUACGUUAUGUUUGGAAUGGUCGCUGUUGCUUUAGAGUUGAUCCCUAUUGCUAAUUUUAUUCUUUUCUGGACAAACGUUGUUGGUGCGGCUCUAUGGACGGCUGAUGUUAUCAUUGAAGAGCAAAGAGGUGCUUCAAGAAGAUUGGUUAAUCCUCAUGGCUUAAUUGUGAAUGUAGGUGGUCCUAAUUAUGCUGCUCAGAGAAUGAAUAAUAAUGUUUAUGGUGCAACUUUUGUUUAG